AAAGCAAAGAUGGAUGUGACCAUCAGUGUGCAUGUGUACAGUGUGCAGAGAGCUGAGCUGAAGGAUAAUUCACCACUUUACAAUACAGAUUAUGAAGCUGUUAAGGAGAACCUAACAAACUGCAACAAGUACAGCGCUAUACGUUGUGCUGCGGCGGUCCCAAUGUCAUCUGCUGGGCUGCAGAGAGCUCAAGAGAUGGCUUUGGUCCCUCCAGAGGAGAAGGAAAUCAGUAAACCUGGCUUGAAUGAAAACACUUCAGCUACCUCCAAACCCAGUGCUAAGCAGCCAGCGGGUAUCAUGGGAAUGUUUGCCAGCAAAAAUGCUUCUAAGAGCCAAGAAUCCAGCAAGGAAGUGAAAACAGAACAGAAAGACGAUUCUUCCCUGGUUGAAACAUCAAAAAGCAAAACAGCCUCCAAAGCGAACCCGAUGAGUAACUUCUUUGGGAAGUCUGCCCAAAAAAAGGCUGAUGAAAAACCCAACAAAAGCAUUAAGGAAGAGACGGAUGGCAGCUCAACAGCUACUGCAAUUAUGAAACAGUCACAGACGUCUCCCAAAUCCAAGAUUGACAUUAAAGAUGAACAAUCCAAAGUGUCCAGUGCUUUGAAGGUUGAAUCAAAAGACACUCGGAAUAAAACAAAGCGUCCUGAGGUUGUGGACAAUGACGAUGAGAAAAUGGAGAGCCAGCAGAAGAAGAGACGGCGGAUAAAGAAGCCGCAGCCAGACAGCAGUGAUGAUGAGGUUGUGCCAGAUUCUCCACCUGUUCCAAAUGUACAGACUCCCAGCCCUAAAAAACAAGUGAAGAGAGAACCUGUUUCACACCAAGAAGAGAUCUCAGAGGUGAAGAGGAGGAAAAGGAGGCGUGUUUUGAAGUCUCACACAUUUGUUGAUGAAGAAGGUUCCUUUG